GCCGUGGCUCGCUCGCUCGCAGGUCCGACCUCGAUCUUGUCGUGCCGCUUCGUCUCGGCGUCGAGCUCGUCAGCUUGAUCUGGGAAUGCUGUUGUGGAUGGCCGAAUCGAAUCUGCGCCGCUGGUCGGGCGCUCGACGAGCAGAUGUAUAUUCUGCCGAAAGCCUCACUGAGAGCGGAGCCGAGCAGAGCAGAGCCGAACAGAACGAAGGCAAGUGGAGCGGAGCGGAAUUGAGCUGAUUGGGGUUUGGAAGCGGAUUUGGUGUGGAUUGCGUUUACGACAUUUUUUGGAGGAGUGGAGGUGUGGAAAGUGGAAGAUUGGAAGAUUGGAAGAGGAGAGGGAGGAUUUUUGCAUGAGACGUUCUUUUGGGGCGGACGGUGGGAAAUUUUGCGAUGGCAACUGUGGCCAGUGUCGCCGAGCGACGAGCGAUGCUCAAGUCUCUGGGCCCUCGGCCAGGACGAGAUGCUGUUGAAAAAGCGCAGCAGGCGAUCAGGAAGAUUGAUUUGCAAGUGGAAGAAAGUCUGGAGAAUCUUUCCUACGCCACCGUGCCCGCGGGGAUGAAUGUCGAAGAAUGGCGUGAUGCUCAAGAGAGUGAAACUCGUGAGACCGCCGAGAAGGAGAAAAUGCCUUACAAGGCGGUUAUCCAGCUCGACGAGGUACACCAAAUGUAUGAAGACGUGCUCAAGAUGGAAGAGCUUUCUUUAGAUGGUCGCUCUGAGACUGUCAGAGAGAAAGGAGUUGUCGAGUUGGACGAAGGAACCGAGGAGGAUGUGGGUCGACUAUUGCGAGAUGCACUUGAGAACAAUCGAACCGAAUUGGACCUCAAGGGUCGUAGUAUGGUGCAUGUGCCGGAGUUUUUCGGUCGAAUUAAAACUCUGAGGGUUCUGGACCUGUCUGGCAACCAGCUUGUGACGCUUCCGGAUGCUAUUGCCGGCUUGGAAAAUUUGGAGGUGCUCAAGCUCCAAAGUAAUCAGUUGAAGACUCUGCCCGAUUCCUUAGGGCUUUUGACGAAGAUCCAGCAUCUGGACAUAUCCGCCAAUCAGUUGAAGUUUUUGCCUGAAAGCAUCGGGCGUUGCAGCUCAUUGACGUUCCUGGACGCUAAUUUCAAUCAGCUUGAGUAUAUCCCAACCAGCUUCGGAGUCUUGUUGAAUAAGCUGGAAACAUUACACCUUCAUUUGAACAGUCUUGGCGGGCUUCCCUCCUCAGUAGGCGAGCUGAGGGCUCUUAAAUAUCUGGAUCUACAUUUCAACAAACUCAGGAGCCUCCCAUCCACAAUAGGCAAUUUACGGAAACUGGAAUUUUUUGACUGUAGCUCCAACUUCAACGACUUGUGCUCUUUACCGGAGUCGAUCGGGGAUCUGAUAUCUCUCACCCACUUAAAUCUGAGUUACAACCAAAUCAAAGAGCUACCCGACUCCUUCGGGCGGCUGGAAAAGCUUGUUGAUCUUAAAAUCGAUGGAAACCCUUUGAUUGUGCCACCCAUGUACGUGGUACAGCGGGGGACACAGGACGUGCUCGAGUUCAUGCGUGAACAAUUGAAAGCCCGAAUUGAAGCUGCUGAACGAGCGACUGAAGCAGCAACCGCCGCAGAAGCCAGUGAAAAUCAGAAUGGUUGGGUUCCUGGCUGGGCAUCCGCAUCGUGGGUGGGCGAGUGGAUCGGAAGCGUGUACACCAACGUCGGAGGUCUGUUGGGUGGUGCCAGUCCUCCGAAUCAGUCUCAUGUCGGUUUCCAACAGCAUCGGAACGUGAGUCUGAGUAGGGAGGACUUCCUUGAGCAGCAGCUCUAGGUUUUUUGAGUGGUAGAAAAGGCGUUGGUUUUACGUUUUACUUAUCAGCGUAUUUGCGCCUGCAAGGUCUUCAAGUCCAUUAUUAGCAACACCUGUAGGCCUCUGGAACAGAGUCGUUUGAUAUCGACUUUAUCUUACCAGCCGUUCGAGGUACUUGUAUAUCAUCAACACCAUGAGACAGAGGUGUAGGAUACGAAGAGUUUGUGUAUACAGAGUCUCUUUUUCACCUCAGAAGGUACAGCCGCAGCUGGGUCUCCAGACCGAACGAGUUUGAGAUGAGUGUAGUGUAGAGCAAUAAUUAUCUUGCCAAGAGAGGAAAUUAAUUGUACAUACUGUGAGAAGGCCAAAGAAUGAUUAUAGUAAAGUAUAUUUC